AUGCUAACAUAUCGACUGCAGAAGCUUAAGCGUUUGAUCACUCGUUUAGCCAUUACUGAGGAAGAAAAACUUGCCAAGCAGAGAAACCUUCGUCGCUUUUUCAGAUAUUGCAAUAGUAAACUCAACGUGUCCGAUGAAAUCCCUGAGCUUAUUCUCGACGGCAAAUACACUGCUCGUUCAGAGUUGCUGUCAAAGCUCCCCAACAGGUAUUCCACGUCUCCUGAUAAUAUUCCUUAUGCGUUUCUCAAACGUGCUGCUCUGGGCCUGGCUAAACCUCUCACGCUCCUCUUUAACAAGUUCUUGCUGUUAGGUGAUUGUCCUGAUAUUUGGAAAACGGGUUAUGGGCUGCAGGGUGGGAAUGAGAUCUCUGCAGGAGAAGAACUACGCGUGAUGUUGUUCAAGACAAACCCAGACGCGUCGUUUUCAAGUUUGAACGAUCUCUCUCAGUUAUUCUGA